AUGACAUGUUGUCCAGGAUAUUGGGGACCCAGCUGCAUUGAAUGCCCUGGCGGUGCCGAUAAUCCAUGUAAUGGCAAUGGACGUUGCGAAAAUGGUAACUGCAUAUGUGAUCCUAAAUACACGGGGAUCGCCUGCGAACAAUGUCGAGAAAUGAAUGCCUUUGGACCAAACUGCAGAGACUGCUUGUGCGUCAAUGGUCUGUGUGACAGUGGAAUUCAGGGUACCGGAAAAUGUUUCUGUAAUUCUGGCUAUAAAGGUUCAACAUGCAGUGAAGAAAUUCUUCAAUGCAAGCUUAGUCCAUGUAGUGACAUCUGCGCUGAAGGGGAAGAUGGGAAAAUUGUGUGCCUGUGUCCCUGGAAAUUUGUACGCGACGAUGACGGUAUAUGUAAAGUGGCUGAUCCGUGUGCCAGUAAUCCCUGCUCACAGAAUGCCCGCUGCGUAAUCACUGGUACCGGCAAAUACACGUGCAUCUGCCCGACCGGGUACGAUUUAAUUGUUGUCAAUAUCUAUCUAUCUAUCUAUCUAUCUAUCUAUCUAUCUAUCUAUCUAUCUCAGUCUGUUCAUAUCUAUCUAUCUAUCGAUCUCUCUCUCUCUCUCUCUAUCUAUCUAUCUAUCUAUCUAUCUAUCUAUCUUUCUCAAUUUGUCAAUAUCAAUCUAUCGUCCUUUUUCUAUAGAUUCAAUAUUUCCUUCUAUAUCUUCCAGAAAAUGUGCAAAUGUAAUUUGGGCUAUCAGUGGAAGAAUAGCACUGGAUGCGAAAUCAUCGACCUUUGUUUAUCGAGCCAAAAUGAAUGUCACCCAAUGGCCAUUUGUACAACGGAGUCCGUCGGCGAAACGACAUGCCGAUGUAGAGAAGGUUACGUGGGUGAUGGACGAAAGGAAUGUUUUGGAAAUUUGAUUCAAAGAAUCAAUCAACUGAAUUCAAAUGAUACGUCAUUGCUCGGAUUAAUAGGAAAAUUUCUGACCCUAGUGUCAUCUGUUUACAAAGGGGACCUGGUAAAACAUGGCAACUACACAAUCUUCGUCCCUCUGGAUUCCGGUUUCAGAAAUAUCGAGCGUGAAAUGUCGUUUGAUGAACUUUUGACUUAUAAGGAUCGAAGUCGACAGAUUUUGCGUCAACAUAUCCUCCCAGUACGGGUCUACUUGACGGAUCUUGUCAACCAAACAUUAUACACACUUCAAGGCAAUGCUGCCCGCUUUCUUUAUAAGAAAAAUAAACUGAUGUUCAAAUUCCGAGGAUCGAGUAAGCGGACUAACUUAAUUGAUGUUGGCCGUGACAUCAUGGCGUCGAACGGAAUCAUACAUAUCGUAACAAAAUUGAUGACUCAUGAACCAAAUAUUCCAGGAGACCCAACUAAGAACGUCACCCAGUUUAUAGCAGACAUUCAAUUGAACAAAUUUCGAUCGAUAUUAACGUUAGCCGAGCAAGAAGAAGUAUUUAAUAAAGAAAACAUUACAGUUUUUGUGCCGAUUAAUUUUCGUGACUUGCCUGCCAAAAUUUUAACGUAUCUGACAUCUCCAUCUGGCAAAGGAGCCUUAAUCGGUCUACUUAAGAACUACGUGUUCGACUCCCGGAUGACGAUAACUGACCUUAUUGACAAGAAACAUAUAAAGUCGAUCACCGGAACAUCUUUCCCUUUGAAAAUCGCCAAUAACAUCAUCCCUCUUUUUCUUUUGUUGUUCCUUCUUUGUUUCUGUCCUUCCUUCCUUCCUUCCUUCCUAUCUAUCUAUCUAUCUAUCUAUCUAUCUAUCUAUCUAUCUAUCUAUCUAUCUAUCUAUCUAUCUAUCUCAUUUCUUAAACAGUUUUCUCUAUCUUUCUCUAUCUAUAUCAGUCUGCUAACAUUAUCUAUCUAUCUAUCUAACUAUCUAUCUAUCUAUCUAUCUAUCUAUCUCACAAUUAAUUAUCUAUCUAUCUAUCUAUCUAUCUAUCUAUCUAUCUAUCUAUCUAUCUUCGGACAAAUAUUUUUCGGCAGCAACGCUUUUUUGACACAAUCCGAUAUUCCCACGAAGAAUGCAAUUGUCCACCUCGUCAGUGGUGUCCUUUUUCCCGGAGAUAUCAAUGAUAUAUUACCCGGAAAAUGUGAUCACAUCAGACAUGCCAUGGUACAGGGUGAAUGCGCCCCCUGUACCAGCAGCCUUCCUUGCAAACUGGAAACUGACAAACCCACGAAAACGGUAUAUACUAGCUGCACCUAUGACUUAAAGAAUGUUGACGGAUAUAUAAAAGAACAAGGUUGCCGGAGACUUUGUCAAAGAACCUACACGGAUGCCCAGUGUUGUCCAGGAUUCUAUGGUCCCGAAUGCGCACCGUGUCCGGGUAAUUACAGUAACCCUUGCUUCGGAAAUGGAAAGUGUUUUGACGGCAUUGACGGGAACGGGACGUGCCAAUGUAAACCUGGAUUUAGUGGAGUGGCAUGUCAAAAUUGUGUAAAUCCAGACGUCUUCGGCCCGGACUGCGAUAAAAAAUGUACAUGUAUUAACGGUGUUUGCAAAAGUGGCAUUUAUGGAAAUGGCAUGUGUAAACGUAGGUCUUGCCGCCGAGGAUUUAGCGGUGUUGACUGCGAAAGACGACUUGUUGAGUGUAGUGGUAAACGAGCUCUUUGUCAUGUCUAUACCGUCUGUGCAUCUGACGGAAGCGUGAGUUGUGAAUGUCUGCCUGGAUAUGAAGGAAACGGAAUCACGUGCACAGAAGUCAACCCUUGCAAAAAACCAAAUCGCGGAGAUUGUCACGAACAGGCGACGUGUACGUACACUGAACCCGGUAAAAACAAGUGUACUUGCAAUACCGGGUGGACAGGUGAUGGCACAUAUUGUUACCCGGCUCAGUUUUGUAUCUUGAAAACUGAAUGCGAUACAAAUGCUGUGUGUAAAAAUACAGGACCAGGUGGGUUUAUCUGCGUGUGUAAGAAAGGCUUCCGUGGGAAUGGAAAGCAAUGUCAAGCAGAGAAUCCUUGCCUGAUUAACAAUGGUGGCUGUGAUCCGAGGGCUAAAUGUUCAAUGGUUGGUAUUGGAAAACGAUCAUGUGUCUGUCCAGUUGGUUAUGCUGGCCAGGGAUUGUCCUGCCUCUCCACCAUCAGUGUCGAAGUGCACGACCGACCCGAACUGUCUGAAUUUUACUCUCUCAUCCAGGAUGCUCCAGAUUUCUGGCCCCUGGACGGAAAAUAUACGUUAUUUGCACCCAAUAAUGCUGCCAUUUUGAAAUUUAAAAAAAUGGCGACAUUUACGUAUUGGCUUGAUGCUCCGAAAAUCAUUAAUCUCAUUGCAUUCCACACUCUGAACAAUAGUUACAAUAUGGACACGCUUCAGCAGCUUCAAGGCGAAAAGUUCCACACAGUCAUGGAAGGAUUCACAGUAGAUAUCUUCGCUAACGAAACAACAACCAUCGUGAAAACGCGGGAGAUCAAGGCUAACAUCAUUACUCCAGACAUUCCUGCCGACAAUGGUUACAUUCACAUAAUUGAUCAGGUUCUGGAACCUUAUUCUGCAACGAAGAAUCGAUUGACAUUGAAUCAGUUCUUUGAAAUCCAUAAAGAAUAUUCACUGUUUGGAAAACAACUGAUGGAUACUGGAAUGGUAGAUCGGUUGAUGAUGAUGAAUGAGUACACGUUGUUUGUACCACUUGACAGCGCAGUGAAAGCUUACAACAAAAACUUGAGCUUCCGGUUCCUGUCUUAUUAUACUCUGCCGAUGAUGCUCAUGACCGACGAUAUCGAUGAUGGAAUGACCAUACAGACAAUGCUUGGACAAUUCUAUCAACUAAUGUUUAACGUUCACGGGGAUCAAGUUCUUGUAAAUAACCUGACUAUCAUUGAAGCGGACAUCCUCACCGUAGGCGGGAUCAUUCACAUCAUAGACGACCUUCUUAAACCAAUCCUUCAUCGAUGUGAUAACAAAGUUAUUGAAAGCCUCAAGGUAGAUCAUUUAUCUUUCUUUUAA